AUGGGCUUCACUACUGGCUUUACUGGAGGUGUUACUCUGACCCUAUCUCUGGCCUACCUCACUAUCCUCGCCCACCAGCGCAAUCGCGAGCGCCAAUCCGCCAUCCUCCGCGCCAACAACUAUGUGGUCUCUGGCAUCACGGACCCGCUCCCGCCAGUGUAUCCUCCCACACGCACCGAGCUUGCUGCACUGGACAGGGCAAACUUUGUGGACACUGCCAAAGACAAGUGGAAUGCUGAGGUCGAGCGGGAGGUGCGUUGGAUCCAGAACACCGACUGGAAUGAGGUUCGCGAGGGUGUUGAGACAGCUGUCGGUCGCCUCUGGAGCAGAGCCCUUGGUAAUGCCAUUGAGGAGACGGAAAAGGGCGAGCGCAAGGCUGCUGAGCUCAAGGAUGACGCAUCGAGAGAAGCCAGAGCGGCGGCAGACCGGUCGAAAGCCGCAGCCAGUGACAAGGCUGGCAGUGUAGCGGAUGCUGCAAAGAAUGCUUACGCCGACGCAAAGGCGCGAGGACUCGAGGCUGCGGACAAGGCGCAGAAGGAGGCAGAGCAAGCCAAGGGUUCCAUCUUCAACGCCGUAGGCCGCGGUAUUGAAAAGGGCAAGGAGGCGCUUGGCCUCGCCAACCAGAAGAUCAUUGGUGCCGAGCAGGCCAUUGGGGGCAAGAUUGACGAAAAGUUGUCGCCGGUUGAACGAACCCUGCAGCAGAGAUAUCAAAAACCUAGCGGUCUGGAUCAGACUGUGGAAGAGGCAUUGGCAGAGCGUUAUGUGCCAAUUGACCAGAAGGCGACCGCCGAACUCAGGGGUAUCUAG